CGUGUGACAGCGUCUGAAACUGCCGGGAGGAAGGACUGCUGAUGCACACAGUCGGCCAUUUUUAAACCAGUCGCUGCUCGGGGUGGCUUGGGAACUUAGUCCAUUUGAUUUUUUUUCCUGUCUCAUCGUGUUGAUCGAGAGCUUGCAGACAUGUCUGACUUUGUGGAGAGUGAAGCUGAGGAGUCUGAGGAAGAGUAUGAUGAAGAAGGAUCAGUUGUGCAGAAAAAGCCCAAGAAGUUCAUAGAAGAUGAUGAUGAAGAAGAGGAGGAAGAAGACGAAAAUGCUGAUGAUCAAGAUGAGCAGGGGAAUUUGAAGGACUUCAUUAAUGAUGAUGUGGAAGAGGAUGAUGAGGAGGAAGAGGAGGAGGAAGACGAUGAUGCAGGGAGUGAAAGAUCAGGAGGUUCAGAUGCUAUCAUUAAGAAAAGGAAACGCAAAUCUUACGAUGACAGACUGGAAGAUGAUGAUUUUGACCUAAUUGAGGAAAACUUGGGUGUCAAAGUCAAAAGGCAAAAAUUCCGACGUGUGAAAAAAGUAUCUGAUGAUGAAGAUGAAGAGGAAGAAGAAACCACCAAGAAAGGACAUGAAAAGGAGGCUAUUGCCGAUGAACUUUUCCCGGAAUUUGAAGGGGAAGAAGGAGAGCAGGCGGAAGCACCAGUAGUCGCCCCUGAAGAAGAGGAGGAGGAAGAAGAGGAAGAAUCAGAUAUCGAUGACUUCAUUGUUGAUGAUGAUGGGCAACCACUCAAGAAACCAAAGUGGAAGAGAAAAUUUUCGGGGUACACAGAUGCUGCUCUUCAAGAAGCUCAGGAGAUCUUCGGAGUAGAUUUUGACUACGAUGAAUUUGAAAAAUAUAAUGAAUAUGAUGAGGAGCUGGAGGAGGAAUAUGAGUUUGAAGAUGAGGAAUUAGGAGAAGGUGAAACAAGAGUUCGCCCAAAGAAAACUGCCAAAAAGCGUGUAAGCCGGCGUAGCAUCUUUGAGAUCUAUGAACCCAGUGAACUGGAGAGCAGCCAUCUCACAGACCAGGACAACGAGAUCAGAGUCACAGACAUGCCAGAAAGAUUUCAGCUUCGUGCAAUUCCAGUCAAGUCAUGUGAAGAUGAAGAACUUGAGGAGGAGUCUGAGUGGAUUUACAGAAAUGCCUUCUCAACACCCACUGUUUCAUUACAGGAGAGUUCAGAGUACCUGGAACGUGGGCAGGGUAUCAGCAAUUUUAGCCGAAAAGGUCCUGCAACUAUCCAGAAGAUAAAAGAAGCACUCAAUUUUAUGAGGAACCAGCAUUUUGAGGUGCCUUUUAUUGCCUUCUACAGAAAGGAGUAUGUAGAGCCAGAACUGAACAUCAAUGAUCUUUGGAAGGUCUGGCAGUGGGAUGAGAAGUGGACACAGCUGAAGACUCGAAAAGAAAACCUUACCCGACUAUUCCAGAAGAUGCAAGCAUACCAGUAUGAACAAAUCUCUGCUGAUCCAGACAAACCCCUGGCCGAUGGUGUUAGGGCACUAGACACUGCAGAUAUUGAAAGAUUAAAGGAUGUGCAGUCAACUGAUGAGCUGCGAGAUGUGUAUAACCACUUCUUGUUGUAUUAUGGUCGUGAUAUUCCAAAAAUGCAAAAUGCCUUAAAACCAAGUAAGAAGAAAUACAAAAAGAAUCAGCAAGGUGGAGAGGAUGAGGAGGAAGGAGAGCGUGAUGAAGAAGUUGAAGAUGAUGAACAUCACGGACCAGAGCUUAAGCAGGCUUCUCGCAGAGAUAUGUACACCAUUUGCCAGAAUGCUGGUCUAGAUGGGCUCGCAAAGAAAUUUGGUCUGACCCCUGAACAGUUUGGUGAAAAUCUAAGAGACAGUUACCAGCGUCAUGAGACUGAGCAAUUUCCAGCGGAACCAUUGGAACUGGCAAAAGAUUAUGUCUGCAGUCAAUUUCCAUCACCUGAGGCUGUAUUAGAAGGUUCUCGAUACAUGGUGGCCAUGCAGAUUGCCAGAGAACCAUUGGUCAAACAAGUUCUAAGACAAACUUUUCAAGAGAGAGCCAAGAUUAAUAUUACUCCCACAAAGAAAGGCAGAAAGGAUAUUGAUGAAGCUCACUUCGCUUAUUCUUUCAAAUAUGUAAAGAAUAAGCCUGUCAAAGAAUUAAGAGAUGAUCAGUUCUUGAAGAUGUGCCUUGCAGAGGAUGAUAACUUAUUAACUGUGGAUAUCUGCAUUGAUAUGAAAGGACUUGAGGGAUAUGGAAAUGAGCAGACUUAUUUUGAUGAAAUCAAGCAAUUUUAUUACCGUGAUGAAUUCAGUCACCAAGUGCAAGAGUGGAAUAGACAACGCAGCAUGGCAAUUGAACGAGCAUUGAAUCAGUUCCUGUACCCACAGAUGGGCAAGGAGCUGAAAAACAAACUGCUGAAUGAGGCACGAGACUACAUCUGCAAGUGUUGUAGUCGCAAACUUUACAAUUGGUUGAAGGUCGCACCAUAUCGACCUGACCAACAAAAUGAAGAAGACGAUGAUGAUUUUAUGGAGGAAAAUCAGAGUAAAGGUGUUCGAGUGUUGGGCCUGGCAUUUGCAAGUGAAAGGGAUACACCAGCCUUCUGUUCUCUUGUCAAUGGAGAAGGGGAAGUGACAGACUUCCUCCGUUUGCCAUAUUUCUUAAAACGUAGGAAUGCUUGGCGAGAGGAAGAAAGAGAGAAGAAGGCACAGGACAUUGAAACCUUGAAGAAGUUUCUAUUGAGUAAGAAGCCUCACGUUGUGGCUGUCGGUGGAGAAAAUAGAGAUGCACUUAUGGUUGUAGAGGACAUAAAGCGAAUAGUGAAUGAACUGGAGCAGGAGCAUCAAAUGUCGCCUAUUGGAGUGCACUUAGUAGACAAUGAGCUAGCUCUUCUCUACAUGAACAGCAAAAAAUCUGAGAAUGACUUCAGGGAUUAUCCACCACUACUACGUCAGGCAGUAUCGCUCGCUCGCCGGGUACAAGAUCCACUUGUUGAGUUUGCUCAAGUUUGUGGGACAGAUGAUGACAUUGUUUGUCUCAAAUUCCAUCCUUUGCAGGAACAAGUAAUAAAAGAAGAAUUGCUGAAUGCACUUUACUGUGAAUUCAUUAACCGAGUGAAUGAAGUAGGGGUGGAUGUAAACAGAGCAAUAACUCAUCCACAUACUCAAGCGCUAGUUCAGUAUGUUUGUGGUUUAGGACCUCGUAAAGGAUCGCACCUACAGAAGAUCCUCAAACAGAAUAAUACUCGCUUGGAAAAUAGGACGCAGCUAGUUACGAUGUGUCAUAUGGGUCCAAAGGUCUUCAUCAAUUGUGCAGGAUUUAUUAAAAUAGAUACUGCAUCGUUAGGGGACAGUACUGAUUCCUACAUUGAGGUUCUGGAUGGCUCCAGAGUUCACCCAGAAACUUACGAGUGGGCCAGGAAAAUGGCUGUGGAUGCUCUUGAAUAUGAUGAAUCAGCGGAGGAUGCCAACCCAGCUGGAGCACUUGAAGAAAUUUUGGAAAAUCCUGAACGACUAAAGGAUCUUGACCUUGAUGCAUUUGCAGAAGAACUGGAAAGGCAGGGCUAUGGUAACAAAGGUAUCACAUUGUAUGACAUUCGAGCUGAACUGAGCUGCAGAUAUAAGGAUUUGCGUGUACCAUGCCGUGCACCCAACUCUGAGGAGAUUUUCAACAUGCUUACAAAAGAAACGCCAGAAACAUUUUAUAUUGGUAAAUUAAUAACGUGCAAUGUCACGGGAAUUGCUCACAGGAGGCCUCAGGGUGAGAGUUAUGAUCAGGCUAUCAGGAAUGAUGAAACUGGUCUUUGGCAAUGUCCUUUCUGCCAGCAGGACAAUUUUCCAGAGCUUAGUGAGGUUUGGAAUCAUUUUGACAGUGGUGCAUGUCCUGGCCAGGCUAUAGGAGUGAAGACAAGGCUGGACAACAAUGUUACAGGUUUUAUUCCAACAAAGUUCCUCAGUGAUAAAAAUGUUAAACAUCCUGAAGAAAGGGUCAAGAUUGGCAUGACUGUGCAUUGCCGAAUAAUGAAAAUAGACAUUGAAAAGUUUAGUGUGGACCUUACUUGUCGAACAUCUGAUCUGAUGGAUAAGAACAAUGAGUGGAAGUUACCCAAGGAUACAUAUUAUGAUUUUGACUCUGAGGCUGCAGAUCAUAAAGUUGAAGAGGAUGCAAAGAAAAAGCAACAACGUACAACAUACAUCAAGCGAGUAAUAGUGCACCCAUCAUUCCACAAUAUCAACUUCAAGCAGGCUGAAAAGAUGAUGGAAACUAUGGACCAAGGAGAUGUCAUUAUCAGACCCAGCAGCAAAGGAGCGAAUCAUCUCACUGUAACCUGGAAAGUGACAGAUGGGAUCUAUCAACAUAUAGAUGUGAGAGAAGAAGGCAAGGAGAAUGCCUUCAGUUUGGGACAAUCUCUUUGGAUCAACAAUGAGGAAUUUGAAGACCUUGAUGAAAUUACUGCUCGAUAUGUGCAGCCGAUGGCAUCUUUUGCUCGUGACUUGCUCUAUCAUAAAUAUUACCAGGAUUGCAAUGGUGGAGACCGUAAGAAAAUGGAAGAGAUCCUAUCAAAAUCCAAAAGGGAAAAGCCUUCUUUUAUUCCCUAUUUCAUUUCAGCAUCAAAGGAACUGCCUGGAAAGUUUUUGUUAGGCUACCAACCUCGUGCCAAGCCAAGGGUAGAGUUUGUCACAGUGACACCAGAAGGAUAUCGGUAUAGAGGGCAAGUUUUCCCGAGUGUGAAUGGUUUAUUUAGAUGGUUUAAGGAUCACUUCCAGGACCCAGUGCCAGGUAUAACACCUUCAAGUACAAGUAGGUCCAGUAGAACUCCUGCCUCGAUGGAUGCAACACCAGCUAAUAUUAAUUUGGCAGAUCUUACCCGAGCAGUUAAUGCUCUCCCACAGAACAUGACAACGCAGAUGUUCAAUGCAAUAGCAGCUGUUACUGGACAGGGUCAGAAUCCAAAUGCCACACCAGCACAGUGGGGAUCCAGUCAGUAUGGCUAUGGAGGAAGCAGUGCCUAUCAUGUUUUUGCAACCCCUGCACAACAACCAGUAGCAACGCCAUUAAUGACUCCAAGCUAUUCGUAUACGACACCCAGUCAGCAACCUAUUACAACGCCACAGUACCAUGGCAGUGCUACUCCACAGACUCCUGCCACAACCCGACAAAGGUCACAGCCAAAGACUUCAACUGCCCAUACUGCUGUUGACUGGGGCAAAAUAGCAGAGCAGUGGCUACAGGAGAAGGAACAAGAGAGGCGAAAACAGAAAGCCAAGAUGACUCCUAGACCUUCACCCAGUCCCAUGAUUGAAGGCACCCCAAUGUCUAUCGCUGGUGAUGCCACACCAUUGCUAGAUGAAAUGGAUCGAUAGAGGAGGGCAGUGUGAACAUCAUUUGAACUUUGACCCCUGCCCUCCCCCUUGGGUCUGCUAAUUUCAGUGUUUCCUGAUGCCCAAAACUACUGAUUGGCUAAGGAUUUGUUUUCUAAGCUAUAUAUUGGUUACUUUCAGGUUGUCUUUGACUCUCAUUUAACAAGAAGUGUGAAACCUUCAGGACGCCAAGGGAAGUCACUGGAAUGCUGAAAUGAAUAGGUCGCUGGGCUUGGAUACAAUGCCUAAUAGCUGAAACAGAAUGCAUAUCCAUAAUCCUAUUGUGAUUUGCACGUGUGCAAAAAAAAAAGUCAGUUUACAGCCAGUCUAAUUUUAAUUUCAACAGACUUGGGAGUUGGACAUUUAUAACUGUUAAGUAAGGGAUAGCCCUGUAAAGCAUACUGGUUAUCAGCUUCUUGACAAAUGCAGAUGUUUCCAUCAUAUAAUGGUGUACAUAAGUAGGUAUAUGCAAACUUGUUUUUAAUGCUUGAGGUGAAACUUGACAAACACAGAAACAGUCACCAACAUGUGGUACUUAUGUUCUGGUGGGAAAAGAGAAAUUGUACCUGAUUUAAUAAGCUUUUCUUUCCCACCCCCCCCCCCCCCCCCAAUAAGAGUAUUUACUUUUCAAGACACUUUCUCACAUUCUGCUUCUGUAACUUAAAUCAGAACAAUUUUAUUAUCAAAAGUCCUUUAGAUACUAAAUGAUUCAAACACAACUAGCUAUACUUACGUGUUUGUAUUCCAAAGCCAUUCAGUGUAUGAAGGGAAGAGAUUGUGCAGCGAGGGAUUUGAAAAAUCUCGGUUUAUCAGUAUCUGAACUCCAGUGGCAUGCAUCUUGUGUGCCUGUGUGUUCAUGCAAUUUUCAGGUUUUCUUGGUAGCAAUAGCAAAGGCAGACACCAACAAUUACACACCCUCAUAUGAGCUGGAAGGCCAUUGUGCAAUGUCAUUUCAUCUGCAACAGUUUGUUGCAGAAGUACGUCACAGGGUCUGCUGUUCCCCAGCAGCAUCCGGUGAAAUGUAAUGUUUUUGCUGCUGUAAUCAUGAUGUGAUGGUGUUUUCUGCUCAGCUUGCUUCAUUCAGACAUAAAGUCUAUCCUACAGCUUCUGCUAACUGGCAGAAAAUUAUCCCACACAUUCCAUUCGUAAGGGAUGAUGCAGGAAAAUGGAAUACUGUAGAUCUACCAUGUUUGGUAUAGGUAUUAAGUUCCAUUUUUUUCAGGUAAAAGACUCAAAUAUUGAGUUGUGGCAAAAUGGUAAACCCUAUCAUAUUGCAGUUCUUUCCAAUCACAUCAGUCAAUGAAUAUAAUACCCUUUGGCUCAGAAAUAGUUGAAGGCCUUCAUGACCCAUAUUUUGGUUAUUUAUUUUUUGAAAAUAGUCACAGUAAUGGAGUUUGUAACUACAUUGUUUUAAAGGUUUGUGUAGCUUAUGGAAAAAUAUUAGUGAGUAUUGAGAGUUGCUGUAGUGCUCCCUACAGUACCUGUAUUUUGUUCCUGAAAUUAGAAACGUUUUUGAAAUGCCCUGUACCUGGAUUACAAAUGCCUAACCCACAGCUAAAAAAAAAAUUCCAAUACAGAAUAACAAAACUUUACUGAUGUAUUUCUCAAAUAUGUGGUUUCAACCAAAUUUUGAGGUGAUAAUUCUGGUGUUGAUUUACUCAUAAGACAAAUUUUAAGAUGUAGAGUUUGGCUGUAGUCAAUGAUACAAUGCAGUGUUCCAUUUAUCCAGAUGACUUUAAACAAAACUUUUCUAAUCGUUAAUUUAUAGAAGCACAAUCACUAAAAUAGGUUGGAUUUGCAUGAGCCUGUAAAACUGAGUCCAAGUUGUAUCCAAAGGCAUUUUGAAAUGCCUUAGUUACAUGGAUGGGAACAAUUUUGAUCAGUUAGUGAAAUUAUAUGCGGGUUGCAAAAUGAUAUAUCCAGAAUAGUUUAACUUUAAGCUGAAUUGUUUUGCAUUGCAGAAUGAUUUAUGCAACCUUAAAUGAUGUCAUUUUGAAGAGGAGAAAUGAUAUUUUCAAUUUCAUUCACAUUGUAAAUUUCCUACAGCUUUUGCUCUGAAUAAAAGUACUGUGAAUUCAAAUCUUGCUUAUUGAAGCAGGCAUUUUGUAACUACUGCAAACAGUUGCAAGUGUAACCAUAUGCAAGUUGAGUAAAUCUGCCAUGGCAAAGUUACCUUAUUUUCGAAAGCAUCUUAUUUUAAGGAGUUGUAAUUCAAUUUGAAUAAGCAAGCUUGUGCUUUGCAUUGAAGGCAGUUUUAUGCACACUGGGGACUGUAAUAUUUUUUUGAAAUAAUGUAAUUAUAUUCCAUUUUACAUGGGAAAAAUCUUUAAACCCGUAUAGUUACUAGUGUAUGCUAGUAUAAUCUAUUUCUUUUUUAUUGGUGAGUGCCUCUUCCCACUUAUGUAUUAUUGGGAAGUAUAAUACAUGAAAAAUAAUGGGGUUCUCCUUGUGCUCUGUUAUUUAAAUAAUUUAAAAGUUUUAUGGCUUCAGAGUUGCAUUAAAUUGUAUUUUCAAAACAAGGAAUCUUAAUCCAGAUUAUCAUGCUUUCCAUUCUCUAUCUUGUAUCUUUCCAUGAAUAAAGCAAAUACACC